UAGCCGUGUAAAAGAAAGACAAACAAACAUCAUAAAGCCAAGCAAGAAAAAGGAAAAGCAAACACAUCCCCCCCCCCCACAACCACAACUCCACAAGAGAAAGGAGAAAGACCUCAAGAUAUCAGAAAACCAAACCACAUUCUUGAAACCGAAAGGAAACCAGCUAAGAUCUCUCCAUUGAAGAUCAAAAGAUGAUUGAAGAUCGCGGCCGCGGCCCUCCGCAUGGUAUUCUGUUGGCGGCGGUGGUGGUGGUGGUGCUAGCAGUACCUAUGCUUGUAGGAGAUCAAGGCGAAGCUAUCACCGAGUUCAUAGCCGAUCUUUUGAGCCCAGUUGGACUCUUACUCCUCCCCAUCAUCCUCCUCCUCACCAUCCAGUUCCUCUCUUCAGAAAGUGGCUCCUUCAUUUCUAGCAUCUUUUCUACUGGAGAGCCUAACACCAUCCACCGGGUUAGUGGUUCUCCGGUAGGCGUUGCUCUCUUUCUUGUACUCCUAUUGUUCCUUCUCUACAACCGCGUUUCCAUCUUUGGAGGUGAUGAUGAUUCAGGAGAAUGAACAAUCAGCUGGGAGGGGUUUGUCUGUGCUUGAACUAGAUCAAGUGAUUUACUACUACUUAGUAUUUUAAUCUGCUACUGCUAUACUUUCUUGUUUAUGUUUGUUCGUUUUCUUUCUUCCUUUUUUUUUUUUUUUUAUCUUUCAUUAAUUUUUGUCUGGUAACCGGUAAGGGUAUACGUAAAUAGUACUACUGUAUGGACGGGACGGACGUAGAGAAAACUUUGCUGUAUGAAAAUUGAGGCUUGCACAUUGCGAUAUACCGCGAGCUGCGGAUAUUAUUAUAUUAUUAUUGCCAA